GGCCCCUGUUGGGAAGGGAGCUCCUGGCAAAGCUCUAGAAACCCUUUCGUCCUCCUGUUUUUGCAUGAGGGUGGCUAUGACCCCAGGGGUUUUGGUGGAGGGAGUAGACGGUGUGGGUGGGAGCUGGCCGAGGCCAUAGCUGCCAGCGCCUGCGCCCCCUGACUCACCCUCUCCUGCUGGGUAGCAUUUGACGCGGAAAGGGUGUCUCCAUUUCAGCUGCUCACUUCCCUCCCACCUCCUUCUUUUCAACACCUUUCUUGGCCCCAUGUUCUCCCUAAGGUCCCAGAAGAGGCCAAAGCCCAUGAGACCAGCUGCCCCAGACAGUUCUGAUUCUAUCAACCUGUCCUGAGGGCCAGAAACCAGGAACUUCUGACAGAUCUUUCGUCUGCUCCCUCCAGGGUGGUAGGCCCUCAUGGUAGACCCCAGGAGUGAGCCCCAGGAUGACAGAACCCGAGACCCUGGCCCUGCUGGAAGUGAAGGGGUCUGAGGCCCCGGAGAAGAGCCCACCCCAGGCCUUGGUCCCCAAUGGCCGGCAGCCAGAAGGGGAAGGUGAGGCCGAGACCCACGGAGCUGCGUCCUCCAAGGUGGGGUCCUCAGCUGGGUCUACCACGGCUGGAGAGGGACCUGAGGAUGGUCUUGACAGCGCAGUGAGCGAGGCGGCCACCUUGCCCUGGGAGACCGGCCCCCCGCCCAGUGCCCUGUUCCCAGACCCCCCCGGGUGGCGGGACAUGGAGCCGGAGCCCCUCCGGUCAGAGCCACCCCCCAAGCUGGAGGAGUUGUCCGAAGAUGAUGCCAACCUGGUGCCCGAGAAGGCGGCCCGGGCCUUCGUGCCCAUUGACCUGCAGUGCAUCGAGCGGCGGCCCCAGGGGGACCCGGCUGCGCGCUGUGAGGCCGGCGAGGGCGAGGGCCGCCGGGCCUGCCUGCCCACCCGGCCCACCCAGCCCGAGCCCUGUGAGCGCAAGUGGGCCGAGGCCGUGGUGAGGCCGCAGGGCCACACUUGCGGGGGCUGCGGGGGCUGCGGAGGCCGGGAGGGGCUGAGGGCGGUGGCCUCGGUGGGAGCCGCGCUCGUUCUCUUCCCCUGCCUGCUGUACGGGGCCUACGCCUUCCUGCCCUUCGACGCCCCGCGGCUGCCUACCAUGAGCUCCCGCCUCAUCUACACGCUGCGCUGCGGGGUCUUUGCCACCUUCCCCAUCAUACUGGGGCUGCUGGUGUACGGGCUGAGCCUGCUGUGCUUCUCGGCCCUGCGGCCGUUCGGGGAGCCACGGCGGGAGGUGGAGAUCCACCGGCGCUACGUGGCCCAGUCGGUGCAGCUCUUCAUCUUGUACUUCUUCAACCUGGCCGUGCUCUCCACCUACCUGCCCCAGGAGACCCUCAAACUGCUCCCCCUGCUCACCGGUCUCUUUGCCGUCUCCCGGCUGAUAUACUGGCUGACCCUGGCCGUGGGCCGCUCCUUUCGAGGCUUUGGCUACGGCCUCACGUUCCUGCCGCUGCUGUCCAUGCUGGUGUGGAACCUGUACUACAUGUUCGUGGUGGAGCCCGAGCGCGUGCUCGCCAUUGCCGAGAGCCGCCUGGACUACCCCGAUCACGCCCGCUCGGCCUUGGACCUCAGGCCUCGUCCCUGGGGCUGAGGCCCCCACUCGGCUCCCCCCAGCCUCAGUGCCUCGGGGGACAAGCCCCAGGAUUUCCCGUCUGUCCCCUGCUCUCCCCCCUUUCACCUUGGGAGCCCUCGGCUGUCGGGAGGGAAUUCAGCUGAUUUCUUGCAGGGGAAGAGGUGGACGGCCAUGCCCCUUCUGCAGGCUGAGGGCUGGCACAGGGAGCAUGGGCAUCGUUCCCUCCUGAGCAACACCCCCCACCCCUGGCACUGCUUCCAG